ACCCAAGCUGUGCCAGCAUUCAGAGGAGGAGAAAGUCAGAUGGAGGAAGGUUUUACGCGCUCGGAGACGGUGAUGGGAUCCUCUCCUGGUUUUCUAGGAUAAACGUUUCAGUCGUCUAGUUUGUAAAAUGUGGACAGUUCCGAAGCCCAGAUACAGAAGUGAUGCGAGCGCAGAGGAGGAGGAGGUCACGGUGAACAUAGGCGGAGUGAGGGUGGUGCUGUUCGGGGAUGUUCUGAUGCGCUACCCGGAGAGCAGACUGGCCGAGUUGGCCACCUGCUCCACGCAGAACUCGGAGCUCAUUUCUUCUCUCUGUGAUGACUUCGACCCGAGCAGGAACGAGUUCUACUUUGAUAGAGACCCGGAUGCGUUCAAGUGCAUCGUUGAUGUUUAUUAUUUCGAUGAGAUCCACAUUAAAAACGGCAUCUGUCCCAUCUGCUUCGUCAAAGAGAUGGAGUUCUGGAAGAUCGACCAGAGCGUGUUGGAUGAGUGCUGUAAAAGUUACCUGAGCGAGAAGGAGGAAGAGCUGACAGAGAUCGCAAACAAAGUAAAGGUGAUUUUGGAAGAUAUGGAUGUGGAUCGGUGCGUCACGCGCACCCAGCGGUGCCAGAGGUUCAUGUGGAGGCUGAUGGAGAAGCCCGAUUCCUCCCUGCCCGCGCGCAUCGUGGCCAUCGCGUCGUUCCUCUCCAUCCUGGUCUCCGCGGUGGUGAUGUGCGUGAGCACCAUCCCGGAGCUCCAGGUGACGAACGUGGAGGGGAAACAGGUGGAAAACCCGACCUUGGAGGGCAUCGAGACCGCGUGCAUGUUGUGGUUCACGGCGGAGUUCGCGCUGCGCCUCGCCUCGUCCCCGAACAAGCUGCGCUUUGUGCUCUCCUUCAUGAACAUCAUAGACUUCAUGGCCAUCAUGCCUUUCUACGUGGUGCUGUCCCUCACUUGUCUCGGCACCUCCUCCAUGAUGGAGCUGGUGAACGUGCAGCAGGCCGUCCAGGCGCUGCGCAUCAUGCGCAUCGCGCGGAUUUUCAAGCUGGCGCGCCAUUCCUCCGGACUGCAGACUCUGACCUACGCGCUGAAGAGGAGCCUCAAAGAGCUGGGACUGCUCCUCAUGUACAUGGGGGUGGGGAUCUUCGUGUUCUCCGCGCUGGCCUACACCAUGGAGCAAAGCCACCCGGAGACACUCUUCAGGAGCAUCCCCCAGUCCUUCUGGUGGGCCAUCAUCACCAUGACCACAGUGGGUUACGGAGACAUUUACCCCAAAACCACGCUGGGCAAGUGCAACGCAGCAGUGAGCUUCCUCUGCGGGGUGAUAGCCAUCGCUUUACCCAUCCACCCCAUCAUUAACAACUUUGUUGUUUUCUACAACAAGCAGAAAGUUCUGGAGACCGCAGCGAAGCACGAGGUGGAGCUGAUGGAGCUGAAGUCCAGCAGAGAGGCGCGCAGGAGAAGCGACGAGUAGGAGCCGCAGAAGCAGAGAAAAUCAGACUGGCUUUCAAAUGAAGAGAUGUAAAUAAAGCUGUUGGGUAUGGAGAGCUGAUGUCCUGCUGCUUCUGAUGGUUUACAGAAUAAAAAUGUCAAUGUUGUGCGG